UCCCUCCUCUGGGCAGCACCUUCCCUUCCUCGGAGUUUCAGGAGCGAAAGGGCAGCCUGGUUCCCUCGGAGUAAGGUUCUGGCGGAGGCGCCCCAUGUUCCGACGUUCACACCUCAAAAUCCUGCUUAUUGGGAAUUCAGGGGUGGGCAAGUCUGCCUUGAUGAACCAGUAUGUUAACAACCGCUUCAGUAGCCGCUUCAGAGCCACCAUCGGGGCGGACUUUCUUAGCAAAGAAGUGCACAUUGAUGGCCGCACCCUGACAGUGCAGAUCUGGGAUACAGCUGGUACAGAAAGGUUCCACGCCCUGGGGACAGCCCUUUAUCGGGGAUCCGACUGCUGCCUGCUCGUCUUUGAUGUCACAUCUGUCUAUUCUUUUCAAGCCCUCGAGAAGUGGCACAAGCAGCUCUUGUUGCAGAUUGAGCCAGAGGAAGAACCCACUUUUCCCAUUGCCAUCAUUGGAAACAAGACUGACCUGGAGAACCGUGAGGUCUCUUCAGAGGAAGCUGAAUUGUGGAGCAGGCUUCAUGAUGCCACCUACUUUGAAACCAGUGCCAAGACAGCUGCCAAUGUUCAGGUGGUGUUUGAGUGGGCCAUACGAGCUGUACUGAAGAAUCGCAGGGUACCUGAAGAGCCACAACUCAACUCUGUUCACCUAGAAACCAGGCCACCGGAAGGGAUACACCGGGAAAGGUGUGGCUGCUGAUGAGCCCAAAUGCAGAUGGGAAGAUUUUUUUUUUUUCACUGCAGAUCUUUGUCAUGAUGCAAUGAGCAAGAAGAGGAAGUUACCCCACAGUACAGUAACAAGGAUUCUGCUAACCCUGCAGCAUGUCACUUUGGUAGCUGGACCCCAUGAUAAGAUCUGCGGCCUUCUGGAAGAGGCAGCCUCAGAAUUGAGGGACCCAGAUUGGAAGUUGGAUAGUUCUUAUCCAAACACAUGGAAAUAAAACUCAAUCCGAUACAUUUCAAUGACAGAAAGUAACCAUUAUCUAGUCCUUUCAUAAGGAGAAAAGGCUAUAGAAAAAUUGGCCACAAACACUUUGAAGGGAGAUGAGGGAAGGAGCUAGUUUUCCAAACACCAAGUCGUGUUUCAAAAAAAAAAAAAAAAGAAGUCUUUAAUUGUUCAAAAUAGCACAAAAACGACAGAUACGCAGCACUAGGGGGGAGGGGGGUCAGGGUGGAUAGCCAGGGUAAACUCCUAUGAGGGCUGUUCCUGUCUCAGUGGAAAAUAAAUCAGGUCAAAUAUAGGAAGGACAGAAGGAAUCUUAAGGACUGAACAGGAAAGUGGGACACAGCGAAAUACACUAUAAUACAAAAGACCAGGGUACAGAGCAAGGGAGGGAGAGAGGUCUGCUCAUGGGGUUAUCUUCUGAGGGCUAGUUUGUCUACCAAUCUCAACACAGCAAACAGUGUGUGGGUGUGGGGGCUUCUGUGUUUCACAGAGCCCCCCAUCUCUACAGAGUAAGCCCUGUUGCCUUCCCCACCUCCCCUCUGUGGAAUGUCCCAAGACAGCCAGUGGAGGAAAGAGGGGGGCACAUAUUUCUCUGGAGAGAAAAACCUAUACUCCUAUCCCAAAUAGAGGAGUUGUAUUUCAACCAUCAAAAAUGUUGUCCGGCAGCCUUGCUCUGACCCAAUAGCCUGGUGGAUCAGCUACAUUCCCCCUCCCAAAUCAUUUUUUUUUCCUAAAAAAAGUUUUAUACAAAACAAUGGAGAGGAAUGGCAAGACAUCUGCCUAUAGCAUGCCACCUUGUGGCCUGGAGGCAGGAAGAGCAGAGAGAAAACAAACCCAGCUUGUGCUGCUAAGGAGAGGCUGUUUCAUGUACAAGGAAAAAAA